CUGCUCGUCUCGCCAACACUUUCUGCACUGCACUCGAAUCUACUCGUUCUCCCGUUCCCUCCAACGCCCAACGCGUACGUCCGUUUCAUCUCGGACGCGAAAAGCGCUAGGAAGUGCAAGUAAAACAAACGGAUUCAAGAAUUAAAGGAGUUUAAAUACGUUGCGAUCGUACGUGGAAAGACAACGACAGUUGUUUACGAGCGCUGUCAACUAGGAUUAAAUGACAGAAAGUUGACCGGUAUAAUUAAUAUAAUCUCUUUUCUUUUGCGUCAAUUGCGUGGAGAUUAAUCCUGCGUGUGAUGCUGACAAAAUGAAUUUUCGUGAAAUGUCACACAAACGGGAAGCAUUUACAUACUCAUUUGUUUUAAAGCAGUGUGUAUACCUAUGUGAGAUCAGAGGAUCAUAAUUUUUUGCGAAUUACAAAACUCGCACUUUCAUAGUCUAACGUUCCCUUCUAGUUCUGCUGUUUCGUUUUUUUUUUUUUAUAUAGUCUCCUUCACUCUGUCAGGAGUAGAAUCAUGAACGAGAUUCCAGACAACUUUGCGUGGAUCCGGCAACUCGAGUGUCCGCCAACAAUAUACAAUGACUUAGUGAAGAAAAUAUUGUGCAAAGGAGUGUUGGAACUCCUGUGGGAAGAUAUUUCUAACUCUGUGUUUCCUGUGGCCGAAGUAUGUAAAAUAAAAAGGAACAUUUUACUGUACAAAUUGAAGCAUGGAUUGAAUGAUUCAGCAAUUUCGUCUGUAAGGGAUUUUAAUCAAUUGAAGGCAAAGGGCAACGCAAUGAAACAGCAGAUAUCCAUGCUGGAAAAGGAAUAUGAAGAACAAGAUUACACUGUCAGACAAAAAAUGCAACAACUGAAGGAUAUAAAGGACAAGUGUUCAAUGACCAGUACAAGAAAGGAUUUUCUCAAAUUAAAACAUAGUGAAACCAGCAAGCAACUGGAAGAUUGCAGCGACAUGAGAAAAGUGUGCCAGCAUUUAAUGCCAAACACCUCUAAAGACAUAAAUCCAUUGAAACUGAAAGAGAAUCUGAAUAUAGUAGCAAACUUGCGUCGUUCAGCCACAGAUAAGAAACAAGUAUGGACAAAGGUAUCAAGCUCUCUUGGUGGUAUCGAUGUAUACACACUGUGGACACAUUUGUAUCAAAUGCUGUCACAAGAUUUGUGCGUAUUAAUGAAAUUGGAGACGGAGAACAGCAUUGGUAAUUCGAGUGCAGUGGGUGAAAAUAUAGAUAUUGGUAUCGCGAAGGCGUGUGGCCAAUACAUAUGCAUGAUUUCGAAACGCAUAUUAUCUAAUGCUAAAGCUAACAUGUAUCAACAACGUUUAAUGGAAUUCAUAGAAUUAAUAGAGCAAUCGUCAUCUCAUGAAGAUGUGAGCGCGUGGUUAGCUUUAAGGCUGGAAGUGAAAAAAUUAGAAGCUGAACAGGAGUAUCUACAGAACGAAGUUCAGAAAUUGAAGAAUAUUAUCCAAGAGAACUCCUUGCUCAAUCUCGAUAUAACUCGACUAACUGCUGACAUAGAGACGAUUGACGCACAAAUGGAUAAAUAUAUAAAGGACAUUCAACAAUCUAUAGCUGUUUUGAACUCUACACCGACGCUCAUAUUUAAAGAAAAAGAGAAGCUGCAUUACGAAUUACAAAGGAUAAUAGCGUUACAGGCGGACAGUAAUUAUGACGCGACAUGUGUAAAUAAUGCGUUGGACAUCGAAUUAGAUAUGUUUUACAAUACUUUGGAUCUUAAUGCUUUACGAAAAGUAAUGUUGAAGGGAGAUGUGGGAUUGUACAGACACGCAGUCUGUGGUCUCGACAAAGUUUCCAUCACCACGAUUAAUUCACAAUACUUGAAGCUCAAGUCUUACUUCCCGAUAAUACAGAUACCAAUUUAUUCCCUCAUAGAAUGUUACAAAAACGCGAUUACGAAUUUAGUUUAUACGAAGCUGCACUGUUCCGCUUCAACGGAGGACAGUGAGUACGUAGAUAAGUUAAUGGCGCCACGAGAAAAAUGUAAUUACAAUAGCCUGGAGCUGUUGAAUCUCGCCAAAAUUGUUUGCGAUCAGGCGCGCGAAGAGAUCAAGCGUUUCAAUGCGGUUUUGAAUACUUGGUGAGUUAAUCCGUCGAGAUAAUCUAAUGUUGCAGAGUGACUUCAAUUUUAAUCGUGUUUCAGGACGAAUCAAGAUGUACAAGAAGUGAUGACGCUCGACGAAAUGACCGUAGACGGCGUAUCCUUUAAGGAUUGGUUGCAGCGUUACAAUUUAUUAUUAUACAUGAUACAAAAUAGCAAAUGAUCCAUAUACUGUAACUGUUUACUUACAUGAGAAUUUUUGCAUGUAUAUAUAUUUUUAUACCAAACUGCAGGAAUAAUUUAUGCAAAGUAAAUACGCGGACAUAGUAAAUAGACUUAUAUUUCUUGCAAAAAUACAUCACGUAAUACACAUUAACCAAUUGUGUGAUUAAUAAAUUUCAGUUACAGUACGACGUAAAAAUUUUAUGUAAGAGCACUUGGAAUUUUCACAUAUCGCUACCUUAUCGAAAUUGGCGGCGCACGCCCGUAAAUUCAUUUUUGGCAUCCCAUCUCGGCGAGCCACUUGCAACAAAACAACUUCAAGUUCUCGGCUGAGUGGGAGAAAAAAAAUUCGUCAGAUUGUCCAUAUUCUUUUGUACCAUACGCUUACAUUUGGAGUUUUUCGUUGCUUCAACGAUAUCGAUUAAUACUUAACAAAAAAAUCA